CCUCACCAGCCUCCUCUUCUUUCCUUUCCUCUCGUCUUCCACCAGUCCUCAUAUUCAACGUGCAAGAUAAUGGGUGCCGACGACAAUACCCCCGCAGCCAUCGAGGAUGAGCAGGCCAAGCAGCUGGACCCUAAGGCCUCGGCCGCGUCGUCAGUCAAGUCCUUUCUCUCUGGCGGCUUCGGAGGUGUCUCGGCCGUUCUCGUGGGCCACCCCUUUGACCUGACAAAGACGCGGUUGCAGACGGCAAAGGAGGGCACGUACACCGGUGGUAUGGACGUCGUCAAGAAGACGAUCAAGGCCGACGGCAUCAAGGGCAUGUACAGAGGCAUGGGUCCCCCCCUCGUCGGCGUUACUCCCAUCUUUGCAAUCUCUUUUUGGUCCUACGAUGCUGGCAAGAAGCUCAUCUACGCCGCAACGCCCAACCGAAAGACGGAACAGCUGUCCCUGGCCGAGCUGGGUUUCGCUGGCUUCUUCUCUGCCAUCCCCACCACCCUCGUCGCUGGUCCUGCCGAGCGCGUGAAGGUGCUCCUUCAGCUUCAGGGCCAGUCUUCGAACGCCGGUCCCACGUACAAUGGUCCCGUGGACGUCGUUCGUCAGCUCUACAAAGAGGGUGGUCUUAAGUCUGUCUUCCGAGGCACUGGUGCCACCCUUGCUCGUGAUGGCCCCGGAAGUGCUGCCUACUUUGGCGCUUACGAAGCCAUCAAGAGGGGUCUCACGCCUGCUGGUGCCGACCCGUCGCAGCUGAACCUUCUCCACGUCCUUACUGCCGGUGGUCUCGCAGGCAUGGCCAUGUGGUCUGUUGCGCUGCCUAUGGAUGUCAUCAAGUCGCGCUACCAGGGUGCUCCUCAGGGCACCUACACGGGCUUCAUCCAGUGCUUCCGUCAUACCCUCGCCACCGAGGGACCCAGCUCCAUGUUCAAGGGUGCAGGACCCGCCAUGCUCCGAGCCUUCCCAGCCAACGCCGCCACCUUCCUUGGUGUCGAGGCCAGUCUCAAGCUCAUGAACCAGCUGUUCUGAGAGAAUUGUGUGCCCAUCUCUCAACAGCCAGUCACCACCUUGUCCAUGUAACACAGCCCUUAAAAAUAGACAUCCUCCUUGCUAU